UAUAUAACGCGGCGUGAACCGCGAAUGCGUGAAAAUAAUCUUUAUCCUUUCGGCGGGGAUCCGGUUCGGAAGCUGAACCGGAAUCCAGGAACGGGGAAGGGGAUGAAAACGGGGAUGGGGAUGCGCAUGUACGCGACAGGGGAGCGGAAUAAACUCCGUGCGGACGCGCUCACAUCGCGGCGCACAGUCUUCCCGAUAGCACACGUCCGUACGCAGCUCCCUCCCUCGCCAAAAACCUUCGACUCGACUUCGGCUUACUCGAUUCUCACUGAUCCACCGCUCUUUUCCACCAACUUUCCACUCUCGUUACACUUACGUCUCGAGACAUGGCAACCGGUUGAAUACGCGCGGUUCAACGUUCCUUUCGGUGCUUUCGUCGUAUUCGUUCACGACGAAUUCGACUCGNNUCGGGUAUUAACGCGGCACAUGUUAUUGAAAUCGAGGAUCGUGCCGCGUUUCGCGAGUGAACGUAGCCUGGCGUAGCAGGGCGCGUCUGUACCGACUGUUUCGUGGGGGAUUACGAUCGAAGGAAAGAUUUCAGUUCUGGUGGAUCUCGUGCUGCGCUGGGCAGCCAAAAUGUCAUUCUUCAGGGGGUUGUGGAAGAGCAGCUCGAAACAUAAGAAACUAUGCGAGGAAUGGGCUCUGGCGAAUAGUCGCGAGUGCGUGGAGGGCGGAAGUUCAGCGGGUACGACGCACGAUGAACCUGAGGACGCAUCGGAGGCCAGGUUCACCCUCAAAUAUUUGGGCAGCACCCUCGUCGAGACGCCUUCUAGCGAAGAAGCUACUGCAGAAGCCAUCAAGACUGUCAUUACGAUGGCGAAAGCAAGCGGCAAAAAGCUACAACGAGUUUCUCUAGCCGUGAGUUUAAAGGGUAUUAGAAUGACGGAUCUUGCCACGGAAGAAGAUCAGCUCCAGGUAUCUAUAUACAGAAUUUCAUAUUGUUCGGCGGAUGCAGCUCAUGAUCACGUGUUCGCGUUUAUCGCAACAAAUUUGAAUGAAACUAUGGAGUGUCACGCGUUUCUCUGCCCCAAAAGAAAAAUGGCGCAAACGGUGACGUUAACGGUCGCUCAAGCCUUUAACACGGCUUACGAAGCUUGGCAACUAUCCCAAUCCGAUCCUAGGAUUCAUCACACUCAGGAUAAAAGUCCCUCGUUAACUGAUGAUAGGAACGAAAAUAACGAGAAGAAAAAGAGCGAAGGAGAUGCGAAGACUGUGGAUAAAGUUAAUGAACAGAAUAAAGACAAUGGCCAACAACGUAACACGAAUGACGCACCAAAAAAUCUUUUAAUCGAUUUAUCGAAUGAGAGUAAAGCAGUUGGAAAUUCAUGGGUUUGCUUCGAAGACGAAGACGGUAAGAAGGUACAAAAGAAGAGUAAUGCUACUAGUAUCCCUAUGACAACUUUAAGACACACCACGACAUCUGCAUCACAUCACGUUGUACCGAGGUCAACGACAGGUUUCAAAAUACAAAACGCUUGGGGUGAAUCAAGAUCCGUAGACUUGAUGUGCUCGUAGCAGGCGUAGCCUUCGGCCGAUAGCUUCCGAGAUGUACCAUUAAUCACUGGUCUCUGGAAGUAUCUAUCGAAUAACGGCCAACCGAAGAAAACCAAACAAUAGACUAAUUAUUAUAUCGUCGAACUUAUGAUAUUAUUUCUAAACGAUCAAUCGAAUCACUGGAACAUAUGUUUUUCCAAAAUUUCGAGAUAAACAAGGUGCUAAUUGUGAUCACUUUUAAAUCACUCGAUUAAUUUUUAAUAUCGAUAUUUUAUUGAAUAUCAUAGAAUCGACGAAGAAAAAAAUAUGGCGAUUCUUUUUAUGAUGACUUUUUCAUUCACUUAAUAUCUUCGAAGAAUAAUUGAUAUCGAGCGGUGCUCGGGAAGGAUUGAUGAUUCAA